AGUGCGCUGCUAGAGUGUCCCAGCAGAGACCAUGAGAGGAGAAGCACAAAUUUAAGGAGCAGAGGUAGACUCAGAAACAGAGCAGGAAAGGAGAGAGAGAAGGAAGGAGAGAGACACAGAAACUGGAAGUCACACAGGAAGAUCCAUAAGGAGAAGGAGAUACAGUGAGAGACAGGCAACAGGGCAGGAAGAAACGGAGAGUAGUGGAAAAAAGUGAACAAGUAAGACUGAGCAAAGUGCUCCUACUAAUGGGGAGGGAGCGCCCAAAUGCCUGUCUACCUUUGGAAGAUUCCACCGACAUUUAUCUCAGUGCCUGAAAUCCCACCAUUAGCAUUUCACUUUACUUCACCCAAGUUUUGACUUUAUAAAGGUGAUAAGGUAAAUGGGAAGCUUUUUCUUCUAGAAGUAGCCCCAGAGAGCCUAACAGGUUCAAAUCAGCGCCAACAGCAUAGGACGAAGCUCUGGACCAGCCUGGCAGAGGACUGAAAUGUCAGAUUCAGAGACUGAGGUCGAGAUGAGCACUAAGCCUACAUCUAAAAACCAAGAUGAGCCAUUUCAGAAGAAUUCCAAUCUAUUUCACAACAUCAAGUUCUUUGUAUUCUGCCAAAGCAUGCUGCAGCUGACCCAACUCAUGAUCUCGGGCUCCCUGAAGAGCUCCAUCUCCACCAUAGAGAAACGCUUUGGCCUGACCAGUCAGACCUCAGGGCUCCUGGUGGCCUUCAAUGAGGUGGGGAACACGGCCCUCAUAGUAUUCGUGAGCUACUUUGGAUGCCGGGUCCACCGGCCCCGACUGAUCGGCUUGGGAGCUGUGGUUGUUGCGAUGGCAGGACUCCUCAUGAGCCUUCCCCACUUCAUCUCGGAUCCUUAUUACUAUGACCACGUUAGUCUUGGCUUGCAUCAGGACUCUGCUUCUUCAUUAUGUUUGCGGUCCCAGGACCCAGAACAAGCCCGGGCCUCAGUCCCAACCCCAAGCAACAGCAGCUGUGCCUUCCACUCGGAGGCCCCACACACGGUGGUGGUGGGGCUCAUGUUCCUGGCACAGACCCUGCUUGGAGUGGGUGCUGUGCCCAUCCAACCCUUUGGAAUCUCCUAUAUCGAUGACUUUGCCCACCCAAGCAACUCUCCCCUCUAUUUAGGGAUCCUUUUUGCUGUAACUCUCAUUGGACCUGGGGUGGCUUUUGCACUUGGAAGUGUCAUGCUGAGGUUUUAUGUAGAUUUUGAUCGGAUACCUGAAGGAGAUAUCUCUUUGAAUCCCAAGGACCCACGCUGGGUGGGUGCCUGGUGGCUGGGAUUCUUGAUCACUGCUGGUGCUGUGAUCUUGACAGCUCUCCCUUAUUUCUUCUUUCCCCGGGAUAUGCCAAAGGAGCAACAGGAGCUUGGUUUGAGGAAACGGAUCUUACCUGCAUUGGAUGAUAAAGGAGAAAACUCUGUCAUUAAGCAGAGAACAGAUAACUUCCCAGACAAAAAGAAGGAUGAAGCAGCCCAGAUUGCUCCAGACCUGACUGUGAUACAGUUCAUCAAAAUCUUCCCCAAAGUUCUGCUACGGAAUCUGCGCCACCCUAUCUUCCUCCUGGUGAUCCUGGCCCAGGUCAGCAUGACCUCCAUGGUGGCUGGGAUGGCCACCUUCCUGCCCAAAUUCCUGGAGCGCCAGUUCUCUAUCACCGCUUCCUAUGCCAACCUGCUCGUUGGCAGUAUCAGUGUCCCUGGAGCCAUCUUAGGCAUCAUAACUGGAAGUGUGGUGGUUCAUCGCUUCCAUCUGAAUUCCAAAUACUGUGCAGCUGUUGGGAUAGGAGCAGGCUUUGGCUGCCUGACAGUUGGUCUGCCACUCUUCAUCACUGGCUGCCCUACCCAUCAUAUCGCCAACAUCUUUGGCCCCAGUACUUUUCCUGAAAAUGAGGAAUUCCUAAACUGUACCCGGCUGUGUUCCUGCUCCAAGAAUGACUUCAACCCUGUGUGUGACAUCAUUACCAACAUUGAGUAUAUUACUCCCUGUCAGGCUGGCUGCACAGGGUUUCAAUAUGAUGCAGAUUUACUUGAAGAAUUUCCAAACUUAAUUAUUUAUACCAAUUGCACCUGCCUCCUUUCAAGAGGUGAGGGGAAUAAGGUUGUCUCUGGUUCCUGUGAGUCAUCCUGUACUUACCUGGUGAUUCCCUUCAUGCUCCUCGUCUGUGUUGGAACUGCUGUGGCAACUCUUGCUCACAUACCUUCCUUCAUGCUCAUCCUAAGGGGGGUGAAGAAUGAAGAUAAGUCAUUGGCUCUUGGAAUCCAGUUUAUGUUGCUGAGAAUUUUAGCCUGGAUGCCCAGUCCUGUGCUCCAUGGCAGUGCCAUUGACUCUACCUGUGUUUUCUGGGCCGAUAUCUGUGGGAUGCAGUCCCUCUGUCGAUACUAUAACCAUGACCUCCUCAGGCAUCGGUUCAUCGGGCUUCAAAUGUUCUUCAAGCUGAGCGCACUGUUCUGCUUCAUCUUAGUGUUCACCAUCCUUCAACAACAGGAGAAGGAGGCUGCUCGCUCUGGUUCCCAGCAUGAGCUCCAGGAGGGGAAACUGGUCCUUAACUCAGAUAACCAAUCUGGGGAAUCCACAGUGUGACCCAGCUGCCCGAAGCUGGUCUGCAUCCCUCCUCCAUUGUGCAGUGGGCAAAGGAUCCUACCAAUGAGGAAAAAGAGUAGCAUUCGCAACAAAUAUAAGCCUUCAUUGGAAUUCUCUCCCUGGUGAUAGUGUGAGAGCUAUGCCUGAAUAAAAGAGGCAAAUGAGACUGAUUACCUGGGAUCCUGUCCCCAAAGAACCAUUUGGGGAAGACACUGUCAGAUGCUCUCUCAGUAUUCUUGUUUUCUUGUAGUGAGAAAGCCUCAGAUAAACAGUCUUAGUCAGCACAGGGUCAGAGAUCCUCAAAGGCCAGUCCCCAUUAUGAUCCAACCACCCUGCUCUCAAUAUUGGUGCAUCUCUGCUACCCACUGACAAAUUCCAAAGGAUUCCUUCUCCAGUGAUCUCAGCUCUCUUAGAAACAGAGACAAGACCAACUGCUAGGAUCAAUACACAAAUUCACACUUGGGGAAAUGGAAGGAUGGGAUUCCAAGCUCACCAUGAAUGUGAGAGCUUCCCUGAUCCUGGAGCUCAUCCUGCCCUGUCACCCAAGAAAUACACAUGAAAGAUGCUGUGCAAUCAUCUCCAGGAAUGAAUUGAUUGGUCUUUGACAAUGACCAGUAUCAGGGAUUGACUGUCUUUUGUAUACUCUGAUUUUAUUUUUUUAUACCCUUCUUUUGAUCAUUCUUAGAGCAGAAACUGAGAACCACUAGACCUAGAUUCUUUUGCCUAAGCUCCUGGCAGGUUUGAAUAUUUGUCUGAGAAAAGUGAUAUUUCAUUAUACUGUUGCAUUUAUCCAGAGGUAAGGUUCCCCCUGCUUUCACAUACCUUGGCUUACCCAAAUUAUAUAUAGUCACCUCCCUGUCCUUAGCUGGACAUUCAUCCAGGGGAAUCCUCCAACAACAAAAAAAAAGCUUCUUUUUGCCAAAUUCCUGCCCAAGCCCACAUCCCUCAUUCAGAAUUGACAUUCUGGAACAGAGAAUUCCCUUGAUCUUUGAAUUUUAAAAGGUUGCCUUUUGUCUCUAUGAUAUUUUUAUAGAGUCCCUUUGGAUAAGUAAUUUUCUUAUCCUAAACUUUAGUGUGUAGGGAUUUGUAAAAUAAUAGGAAUUAUUGGUACAUUGCAUAGGUAGAAUGUGUUAUGUAGAAAAACUUUGGCAUCAGAGGAUCUGGGCUCAAAUUUCACUGCUGAUGCUUUCAGUCUUUGUGAUGGUAGGCAAGUUAUUUAACCUCCCUAAGCCUCAGUUUCCUCAUUUAUAAAAGGAAGAGGUUAUAUUCAGUGGCCUCUGGGUCCCUUCUAUGAACCUAUCAUGGUCUUUCAGGUACCCUUUAGCUCUGAUUCACUACCUCUUGAGAAUAUUUCAAGAAUGACCAUGGACUAAAUGUCUUCAAGGAUCCCUAAAUCCCUGACAGCUUAAUUUGGUUUCCUGACCUCACAUAUCUGUUACUCCCCCAAUUUCUGGUCACCUCCUUUCUCCUACCACUGUUGUCUCAUUUACUUGUUCUUAUAACAGAGCCAUUACUGAGCUAGGAGCCCCUGGCAUUUGCCCACAGGCUGCUGUUAUCCAUAAGGUUUUACCUCCUCCCCAAGGGCUGAACUUCCCAUCUAUAGCAAGCUUUGCUUCUGUGCUUCAUCUUCCACUAGCUAUCUCCUUGCUGCCCUGUCCUCGUCCAAAAGUUCAUCCCUUUGUCUCUCCUUCUCCAAUGUCCAGUCUCCUUCCCAACCCCCAUAAGAACCAGGGCUAGGCACUCUGGGAGACUGGCUACCCAAUAUUAUGUUGCAGUUUUAGGUAUGCUCAAACUGUCUCUUGGACUGCUGCCCCCUAGUCAGAUGAAUUUCCCUUUAGCAUAAGAAUUACCAAUUAUUGCUAUAUCUUCACCCAUUUCUAUCGAAUCCAUCUUCUCACACUUUAGCUCCCAUGAGUAUAUUUGAUAGCAUUUGUUCACAGGGAAAAAGAGAAUACCUCCAUAUCAUAAGUAACAACCCAUAGAAAGACUGUUAGAUAUGCAUAUGUCUAGAGAUGCAGAGGUAGUCCCAAACUAAAUGUUACCCUAACUGUCUAAUCUAUCUAAAGUAACUAAAGAAUUUAAUUCUUAAUUCUCUCUGGGCUACGUAUCCCAUAACACCAACUCAUCAAUGGUCCUUGAGAAUAGUAUUAUCUGGAACAUUUGUCCUUUUUUUUUUCUUAAUUUGUCCACUUAGCUCAUUCAAUCAAUCUCUAGCUCACUCUUAGCCAAUCAUAGAAUCUCCUGUUUUCACAGAGAUUUCAUGGACACUAAUGUUCCUCCUUAGGUAUAAAAUAAUAAUUUAGCUAAUGAACUUCCCCUCCAAAAUAUGGGCUAUUCCCCUUCCAGAGUUCACAAGAGACACUAUUUGCUUAUAAGAGGUUGGACUAUAUUCAGUUUGAUUUAAUUCAGCAAAUGUGUUAAGCACAUGCCUGAUACAAUCAAACAUUGAAUUCUAAGCAUUGGAAUAAUGGGUUGUAAGUUCCAUUUUGGAUAUUUACCAAUCUGUGUGAACUUGGGUAAAUUCCAAUACUUUACUGAGUCUCACUUACCUCAUCUGUAAAAUGGGGAAGUAAUCUUUGUAUAAUCCUACCUCUUAUCACCAUAGGGGUGGGGGAAAGUUACCUGCUAUAGGAAGUGAAGCUAUGAUGAUCAUAUUCAGGGACCUAUGCUUAAUGUUAUGAGGUUGAGCUGUCACAGGGAAACACAAAGAUAAAUCUGACAUAGUUCUCAGGGAGCUUACAACUUAAUAGGGGAAAUUAGACAAAUACAAAAAUAGCCAUGAUGCAGACAGGAUGUAAUAAUAGCAAAAGAGAAAGCCAAAUAGAAAUCUUAUGAGGAAAUAUAGGGGGGAGGAUAGGAGACUAGGUCUGCCCUGGAUUCUCUGGUCAAAGUCUGAAAAAUGGGAUAGUCAAUUAGUUAUCAUUGAUCAGGUAUAACUAGGGGACAGGCCCUUGUACUAAACUUUGAGGAGAGAUGGCAAGAGAAGAAGGAGGAUCAUUCCUUUCUCUUAGAGUCCCCACACUCUGAGGGUCCAGACACAUCCCCUCACCUAAGACGACAUAUCUUCAUUUUUUUAGAGAGCCCCCAUAUGAAGGAUAAAACAACAACCCUGCCCCUAGUGAGUCCUCAUUCUUGGAAAACCCAUGGCCUUUGUCUUCAGGAUCUUUGCCCUGUCUGUAGGGUCAAGAAAUGGCUCUUCUCAAUGGGAACGGAACAGAUAGAUUUUUCUGACAACUUUUGGAAACAAUUAAGCAACAUAAAAAAAUGUAGAGCUGGGGUAGAAAGGGAGUGGGAGCUACACCAAGGAUUUGAUUCUGCUGUGUACAAAUGUAUGAUAAUAUAAAACCCCUCACCAGUU